AUGGCGCACGAUCAUGAUCCUCAUUGUGUAGCGGACAUUGACGAUGAUGAGUAUGAGGACGAGGACCAUGAUGAUGUGCCUUAUGAUGUGAAUAAGGAGGAUGACUUGGCGGAAAGAUUCAGAGGCUUUAAGACCAAGUUAACUAAUCGGUGGAUCUACAAGAAUAAGAAGAAAUCAAAGAAGAAGAAUUCUGAUGAGGAUGACCGUCUCCCGUGGCAAAUAUGGUCGACUGUGUUAAAAGAUGAUUGGGAAGAGUUCGUUACAAUGAAGACUCAAAAGAAAGCCAUUGAACUUCGAGAGCAAAAUAAAAAGAAUGCAGAAAAGAAGGAAUACGUCCAUCGUAUGGGUCCUAAGACUUUUGGUGAAAAGAGACCUGAGUGGGUCGAUUCGGGUUUAUACCCUAAAGCGCUUCUAGUGGCAUCAAAGGAACCCUCUAGUUCCACGAUCACUACAUUGGUGAGUCGUGCCGGUGAUUUCUUUUGUUCUCUCCAUACGUUUGAUAAGGAAACCGGAAAAUGGGUCAUCAAGGGUCCGGAAGCCAAAAAACUGGCGGAUAAGCUUCUUGAGCACACUCAAGAGAUGGUGGAGGGAAAAUUUGAACCAAGUGUGGAGAAUGACCCUUUCACCAUGGCUUUGGGACGGCCAUACCAUCCAGGACGAGUAGUAGGUUCCGGAGGGUCAUUGCUUGGAUGGAAUAAGGUCCGAAUACACAAAAUCGGGUAG